AAACAUCAAGAAUUCGUCGCCAUCUUCGUUACAAGAUUUUGAUGAUGGUAGUUUUCGAUCGUGUGUGAAUUUCCGUUUUAUCGUUUCUUUUUAUUUCAUGUUGAGCAGGCCCAGACUGCAAUAAACAUUUGCUUCUAAGAAGUUAUGCUCUAAAAUUUCAGUUGAAUUGUGUGAUUGACAGUGUGAGUGAUAGAAAAUGGCAACUCUUUCUGAAGAAGCCGCCAGACUUCUGGACUUCAACCAGAAGCUGGACAUUAACUUGUUGGACAACAUAGUGGGGGCAAUGUAUUCGGGGAUUGGUGAACAGCAACGAGUGGCCCAAGAGAUACUCACUACACUAAAGGAACACCCUGAUGCCUGGACAAGGGUGGACACCAUACUGGAGUUCUCCAACAACCAGCAGACCAAGUAUUAUGCCCUGCAAAUACUGGAGCAGGUCAUCAAGACUAGGUGGAAGGUGCUGCCCAGGAACCAGUGUGAAGGCAUCAAGAAGUACAUUGUGGCUCUGAUCAUUAAAACAUCGUCUGACCCAGAAACUAUGGAGCGAGAGAAAACUUACUUGAACAAACUGAAUAUGAUUCUAGUUCAGGUUCUCAAAAGAGAAUGGCCCAAGAAUUGGGAGACGUUUAUUACUGAUAUAGUCGGAGCCAGCAAGACCAAUGAAAGUCUUUGUCAAAAUAACAUGACUAUCUUGAAACUGCUCAGUGAAGAGGUUUUUGACUUCUCUUCAGGCCAGAUCACCCAAACUAAGGCCAAGCACCUUAAAGAUACGAUGUGUUCUGAAUUUUCUCAGAUUUUCCAGCUGUGUCAGUUUGUUUUGGACAAAUCCCAAAAUGCACCACUUGUGGCAUCAACGCUGGAAACUCUUUUAAGGUUUCUCAAUUGGAUUCCUCUAGGAUACAUUUUCGAAACCGAACUGAUAACGACCUUGAUAUUUAAGUUUUUAAAUGUACCAAUGUUCAGAAAUGUGACAUUAAAGUGUUUGACCGAGAUUGCUGGAGUUACCGUCCCAAACUACGAUGCCAUGUUCAACAAACUGUUUGAACAAACUAUGAGUCAAUUGGAACAGAUGCUACCAGUUCAUACAAACAUCAAAGAAGCAUAUGCAAGCGGGCAAGAUGCUGAGCAGAACUUUAUCCAGAAUUUAGCCAUGUUUCUCUGCACGUUCCUGAAAGAACACGGGAGUCUUGUGGAGAAAAAAGGAUGGACGGAGACGUUGUUGUUGGCGUUGCAAUAUUUGGUUUUAAUCUCAGAAGUAGAAGAAGUAGAAAUAUUCAAGAUAUGUUUGGAAUAUUGGAAUGGACUGGCAGCAGAUCUGUAUAGAGAAAGUCCCUACACAAAUCAGACUCCCAUUUACGCCUCCAAGUUCAACGCCAACAUCCCUCCUCGGAGACAGUUUUAUGCACCAGUUCUCACCAAGGUUCGCUACAUCAUGAUCUGUCGAAUGGCCAAACCCGAGGAAGUGUUGGUGGUGGAAAACGAGAACGGAGAAGUCGUCAGGGAGUUCAUGAAGGACACAGAUGCAAUCAACCUGUACAAGAACAUGAGAGAGACAUUUGUGUACCUCACUCACCUGGACUACGAAGACACGGAGAGAGUCAUGACGGAGAAACUGCAAAAUCAGGUCAACGGCACGGAGUGGUCGUGGAAAAACCUCAACACGCUGUGCUGGGCGAUAGGCAGCAUCUCGGGGGCGAUGCAUGAAGAAGACGAGAAGAGAUUCUUGGUGACUGUGAUCAAAGACCUACUAGGACUGUGUGAGCAGAAGAAAGGCAAAGACAACAAAGCGAUCAUCGCCUCCAAUAUCAUGUACGUGGUAGGACAAUACCCGAGGUUCCUGCGGGCUCACUGGAAAUUCCUGAAGACUGUGGUUAAUAAACUUUUUGAGUUCAUGCAUGAAACGCAUGAUGGUGUACAGGACAUGGCGUGUGAUACUUUUAUUAAAAUAGCCAUAAAGUGCAAAAGACAUUUUGUGACAGUGCAAGUGGGCGAAGUGAUGCCUUUUAUCGAGGAAAUCCUCAGUAGUAUUAGCACCAUAAUCUGUGAUCUCCAAACCCAACAAGUUCACACGUUCUACGAGGCCGUGGGUUACAUGAUUAGUGCUCAGACCGACACAGUUCAACAAGAGCUACUGAUAGAGAAAUACAUGAUGCUGCCCAACCAGUGCUGGGACUCUAUAAUAAGUCAGGCUGCCAGGAAUGUAGAUGUCCUAAAGGAGCCAGAUGCUGUAAAACAGCUGAUUAGCAUUCUCAAAACCAACGUCAGAGCCUGUAAAGCCUUGUGCCACCCUUAUGUCUCUCAGCUGGGAAGGAUAUGUUUGGACAUGUUAAACCUUUAUAAGGUGAUGAGUUCAAAUAUAACGUCAGCGAUUUCUCUGAACGGUGAAGCUGUUACGAAGCAGCCCCUGAUCAAGAGCAUGAGAGUGGUGAAGAAAGAAAUCCUCAGGCUUAUAUCAGACUGGAUUGAGAGGUCUAAUGAUCAUGUCAUAGUAUUGGAAAGUUUCAUCCCGCCACUGCUAGACGCCGUCCUCAUGGAUUAUAACAGAUGUACAGUCCCUGCCGCCAGAGAACCGGAAGUUUUACUUGCAAUGUCCACCAUAGUCAACAAAUUGGAAGGUCAUAUUACCAGUGAAGUGCCCAAGAUCUUUGACGCCGUCUUUGAGUGCACGCUGGAAAUGAUCAACAAGGACUUUGAGGAAUAUCCUGAACACAGAACAUACUUUUUCCUCUUACUACAGGCUGUGAAUAACCAUUGCUUCCCUGCGUUCCUCAGCAUCCCGCCUCCGCAGUUCAAACUGGUCUUGGACUCGAUCAUUUGGGCGUUUAAACACACGAUGAGGCCAGUAGCUGACACCGGACUUCAGAUCCUGUACCAGCUAAUGCUUAACGUUGAACAGCAUGAACAGGCAUCACAAAGCUUUUAUGUAACAUACUUUACAGAUAUACUUCAACACGUCUUCUCAGUUGUAACGGACACAUCGCAUACAGCAGGUUUGCUGAUGCACGCCACCAUCCUAGCCCACAUGUUCAAGUUGGUAGAGUUGAAUAGAAUAGCUGUGCCGCUGAGUCGGAACGCCAACGUUGACAACGUAACUUACAUCCAGGACUACGUAGCGACAUUGCUCAAGACAGCGUUUCCUCACCUGUCAGACAACCAGAUCAAACUGACAGUGCAGGGAAUGUUCAGCCUCAACCACGACAUACCCGCCUUCAAGGAGCAUCUCAGAGACUUCCUCGUACAGAUUAGAGAGUACACGGGAGAAGACGACACAGACCUGUAUCUAGAGGAGAGAGAGAUGGCUUUAAGAGUAGCUCAGGAAGAGAAGAGGAGGGUACAGAUGUCAGUCCCUGGUAUACUCAACCCCCACGAGAUACCUGAAGAGAUGCAGGACUAACUUAUCAAAGGUUGUGCGAGCAGCUGUGGAUGAGAGGUGAGGCCAGAUCCAUGACGCCUGUCCGAACCGGGGACCACAACACAGCUCAUCACUUGCUUUUAUUGUAUUCAUCAAAAGGUGAUUCUAUUUUUCAUAAUGAAAUAAAAGGAAGUUUGCCUGUCGAUGUAUUUUAUAGCUUUACGUAUGUCAGCGCAGUUGUAUUUCGAGUUCCUUUUUUCCCUGGAAAAACGUUAGUGAUUAAGGUGGACAGUGAUUGUUUCGGACGAUUCUUUUUUAUUUGUACCAAAUGUUUGUGCGAGUGCGUGGCGGCGAGGACAGCGUACGAUGUACGGGCCGUGUCAUGGAAAAUUGCCCUCUGUGAGGGUGAAUAGAACGAGUGUGUAGUGUGAGAAUAGUAAUGUUUUGUUACAAUUACAAACAAAUUAUAUCUGUAAAACUAUGUUGUUACAUGAUUUUUUCCUCAUUAUGUUAAUAUAGUGUUGUGUUGAUUUUUGUAAAAAAAAAGAAAAAGUACACAGCUGUUUAGCAUUAACAAAAUUUGACUUUAAAAUUGUGAACGCUCUUGAUCUAUCAAUUCUGUAAUAGUGAAACUUGAUUUUCAGUUAGUUUUUUUUACUGUAUUCUGGGUAUCACUGUUUUGAUUACUGUUUGAAGUGGUUUUCUUGUUUUGAUCAGUUUAUUGCAUUUAAAUUACAUUCCUCAUAACAUUUGUGAAACCAAUGUUAAGAUCUAGUCAACGAGUGAUGAAAAUGUUGAAUGUAUUUUGUGUUUUUCAAAUCAUCUAAAAUCAUGACUUUUUUAUUUAUUUUCAGAAAUUGUUGCAAAAUUUGACAAAAAUUUCUAUUUUUGUGACAACAUUCUAAGAACAGAAUGUAAUGUUUUCAACUUAUUUAGAUUAUUUUGCAUAUUUCUACUGUUGUGUUGUAGAACUAAUUUAACAGUUGGGUUAAGAUAUAUGAUAUUUAAUACAGUUACUAUUUUGUUUCAAGUCUCACAUUUUUAUAUAUAAUGCAGUAUUUAAUUAUGCUGAAAUAG